GCUUGUGAAUCACAUGGAGCUACGUUCUAUUCUAGAGGAAACUUUUUGUCGAGAUUGUCGCAAAAUUUUAGCUUACAAUCGCGCGAUGGAAGCCACCCAACAAAAUACGCCAUCUGCGGAAGUGAGGCGAUGGGUGCGCUGAAAUCCCACGACAGCUGAAGCAAAAUGGUGUCGGGAAAGGCCGCAGAAUGCCAUCGGCUCCUCUCGACGUCGCACGUUACUGACAAUACCCAACUCCACGUCGUCGUCUCCACCGCUUAGAUUGUCCUCGGAAGUAUAGGAUACUCUCCGAAUUUGAGUCACAGGAAUCCAUUGCACCUUGCGCCAUUCAUGCUCACCGAAUUUUGUUUCUUUGUCCCUUCGAUUUUGCUUCUUCCCAUGUGAAAUUCCUUGCUCUGUCUCGGUGCCAAACGUCGUUCAGCUCAUACAGAUUUGAUGUGUAAAAAAAAACAAAACAAAACAAAACAAAAACAAAAAAAACUCAACGAUCGUCACUUCGUGUCCUAGGCGUUAGUUAGGGACUUGAUUGCCUUGUGAUUCGGUUUCUACUCAGGGUAGAAAUUGGUACGCUCGACGUCCAUGGCCACCCAUGAGUCCGCCAUUUGGCAGCCGUGGAAGUCGCCCGGUGCAAUCUCAACCGCCCCAGAACCUGAAUCCCCGUUGCAGUGUCACUUGAUCCGAGCUGCCUUUUCCCUCAAUCGCAUGCACAGUCCAACCGAUUUCUAUUUCAGCUUGCGCGGUUACGUUGGGUUUAUCUUAUCAGAUUUCAGAAGUGUGGGUAUUGUUGGAGUUAGUAUGAGGCGGAUUGUGGUUGGAGUGGAGAUUGAAGAGUUCUGAGUGAUGGAUGUUGCGGCAGUGUGCAAGGUGGGUGCGGUGCCCCUGGGAAGAGUUGGAAUAGUGAGUGCGAGUAUGCAGAGGGGAAGGUCAUUUGCUUUGUCUGUUCGUGUGGUUGUGCAUCAGUCCAAUACGCUUCGAGUGACGAGUCGGUGCAACGGUACUUCUGAAAGCGGUAGUGGUGGCCUGCCUGCAAAGGGUUACAAUGUUUAUGAAGUUAUGCACGAGGGUAGCAAACUCCCGGGAGGCGAGACGAAUGCUUCAUCGCCAUCAUCCGAGGAUGAGCCGAAAUUGUUUUCUCCAGCAUCUGCUUCCAUUAUUGCAGCUUCUUCCUCAAUCGGAGAAGGUAUUGCCGUGAGCGAGCAAUCCACAUUAUUAUUGUCCGGCGGGGCGAGUAGCAACAACAGAGAUUGGAGGGUUUUCUCCUCAGACAGCCAACAAAACCAGAACAGCCACCGCUUAGCAACUGGGUUAGAUGCAGUGGUCGAAAGGCCCAACACCAGCAACACAUCAACCCAACAAAAGCAACAAGUGUUUGGACCAAGUGAAGCUUCAUGCGACGAAGGAAGUUUCUUCCUGAAAUUGGAGAAAAUUCUUGAAAAUGAUGGAGGCAAGUCCGUGGACGAUUAUAAGGUUCGAGCUCAUAUCUUUUCGGAGAGUGCCGCUUUCUUCACUGCUCUCAAGAACCGAAAUACGGAAAAACAUAGUCAUGGCUUGAUAAACUGAGCUGAAUUGAACUCUCUCAUUUCCUUCAUGCUCAAAUGCGGCGAGGAUCUAAUUGUACAUAGUGCCCUGAAAGUCUCCUCUGUAUCUAAAGCAACAAGGUACAAGGUGAAAGAUAAGCAGUCCUGCGUCAGAAUUCUUAGAAUUAUUGUAAUUGAUGUAAAUUAUUCCAAUCUUGAAUUUUUAAUACAUUUAUUCUGAUACUGGAUCUGUUCUUCA